AAUCUCAACUCGUUUCUUCACGUCUCAGUCACCUCGCCGGAGUCCUCAAAGCCCGGCUUCAUCUCCUUCUGUCAUUAUCUCAUGGUCUUCCUCUAGUUGCGGUAAACAUAGCCAGCAAUCUCACGAUCUUCCCUCUCUUCUCUUCCUUCUCAUCUCCAUCUCUUUUUACCAUCCGUUACGCCAGAGUCCAGACCACCAUCUCUUGGCGAGUACUUCCCAGAUUCUAGACCCGUGAGACCACGAUUGUGGUGGCAAUAUCAAGGCAACAACAGGUUACGUUUCUGCCAUGGAUGCUCAUCACGCAACCCUAGGUCGACGAACGUUGGAAGAAAUUCGACAAAAGAGAGCAGCAGAGAGACUAAGCAAGGCGGCAUCUGGACCAGAUCUAAGCCAAGUUUCAAGCCCUAGUGGUGUUUUUUGAUUUAUUCGUUUUUUAUUUUUGUUUCGAAUUUUCUUCUUAAAUGUUUGCUUAACUUGUUAUUUUAGUAAUUUGUAUUCAUAGCAUUUGUUUUGUGUGUUGUGCGCAGAUUUUGUAGGGAUGAAGAAAUCGGAUAGUGGAAGUAGACUUUCAGAGAAUGAUAUUGGUGGUUUAGUAUCUCAGUUAAGAGACAUGCAUAAGAAGAAUGCCGAACUAAAUGACGAAAACAAGAAAUUACUUUCAAAGCUUCAGACAAAAGAAACAGAGUGUGACAUGCUACAGAAGCGUCUAAAUGAUCUGGAACGAAAUACUGUGCCAUCCCUGAGAAAAGCUCUCAAGGAUGUUGCAAUGGAAAAAGAUGCAGCGGUUGUUGCACGGGAGGAUCUUUCAGCCCAGCUUCGCACAAUGAAGAAGCGUUUAAAGGAAGCAGAGGAAGAACAAUACCGAGCCGAGGAGGACACUGCAGCAUUGAGAGCAGAACUCAAUUUGUUACAACGGCAAGCCAUGGACGGUUCACUCAGCACCCUAACCUCAAUGAUCCAUUCUCCAGAUCACAUGCAAGCUAUGGAAAAGGAACUAGCCAGUUUAAAGUCCCAGCUGGAGCAAGAGUCGCUGUUAAGGCAGCAGGAGCGACAACAAUUAGCAGAGGAGCAAUCCCGUGCAUCUGCCCUUAUUUCUGAAAAGCAGGAGUUGGAAGAGAAAAUGGCAUCUAUUUCUAAAAGGGCCUCGGAAGAAAUCUCAGAACAGGCAGUCCACAAGACAUUCUCAAUUGAAGACAAGGAGAGACUUGAGAAGCAAUUGCAUGAUAUGGCAGUGGCGGUUGAGAGAUUGGAAAAUAGCAGGCAAAAACUUAUGACAGAGAUUGAUUCCCAAUCUUCGGAGAUAGAGAGGCUAUUUGAGGAAAAUUCUAAUCUAUCAUCAGCUUAUCAAGACGCAAUUGGUGUAGUGGCUCACUGGGAGAAUCAGGUGAAAGAUUGCCUCAAGCAAAAUGAGGAGCUUCGUGGCAUGUUAGAUAAGUUGAGAACAGAACAGACUAGUCUGCAAACUCUGAAUGAUAAGGGAAUUCAGGAAGGUUUAUUGGAAUCCAGCAAAGGGAGUGAGCCCUUGGCACAUACAGGUGAAAUUGUCUCCCUUAAGGGUCAGCUUGCUAAAGAACAGAGCAGAACAGAGGCACUGUCAGCAGAGGUCUUGCAGCUCUCAGUGAGGCUUCAGCAAGCCACACAAGCGUACAGCAGUCUUGCGCGCCUCUACAAGCCUGUGCUUCGAAAUAUUGAGACCGGUCUUCUGAAGUUGAAGCAAGAUGGCUCUUUGACUGUGCAGUGAAGAUGGGAAAUUUUUGGGGAAGAUUUAUGUUACCAAAACUAUUGGGUGGUAGAUUUCAUCACAGGCAUUGUUAUACUGUCACAGAAAGUUGUAUAGAUAAUAUGAUUGAUUAUACACUGUUUGAUAACAUUUUAGGUUUUAUUUUUUUAUUUUUGAAGUAUAUUUUUAUUUAAAAAAAAAAUUGUAUUGCAUUUUU